CGCGGGGCGCGGGGCGGACGGGACUCUGGCGCCGCCGAGGCGCCUGCAACCGCAGCAGUCCGGCCCCACGCGCCCGGGGAUCGCUGCGCCCCGGGGCUCCUCCAGGAGAGCGCGAGGCGGCGCCCGACGCGCUGGUGACCGAGCCGGGGUGGCGGAUCCCGGGUGGCCCUCGGCUGGUGGCCGCGGAGCUCGAGGCCUUAGGGGCGCAGCCGCGCUCCCCGGGUUCCCAGCCGGGUUCCCAGUUCUCGGCAAGUGGCAUUCCAGCCCCAGCUCUGCACUUUAAUACGUGGUGACCUUGGGCGAGUCACUUGGCCUCUCUGAGCCAGCCACCGCCAUACAUUCAAGGACACGGCUUCCUCCUGGUUGGAAGUUAUGGUGGGGAGUUCUGUGAGGUGCACAGGUGCUGGCACGCCCAGGGCGUGGGCCAAGCCGGCAUCCCCCCAGGGGUGCUUAGGACGCUUCCGGACGUGGUCCUGGGCAAGUGGGGUGACCCGGUGCCCCUGAUUUCGGCCGCUUCCUCCGGAGAGCUGGGCGGGGACUGGAAGUGAUGUUAGGACCAGCACACCCCCGGGAGACCCUGUGCGCGUGCGGUCCUGGCCCUAUGAGAUGGGGUAUUUCUCAGCACGAGAAGCAGCCACCGGUUUUUUUCCUUAAAAAAAAAAAAAAAAUGCUUAUGGGGCAAAAUAAGACACAGCUGGCCUUGUUUCCCAGGGACAGCCAAGGGGCGUUGUUUUCUGACCCUGCCUUGCCACAGAGAACAAAGAAGAAAGGGCCCGAGGCUUUGCACAGUCUGCCCAGUGGGCCGUGCCCUGUGAACCCGGCUGCGGCCGCUGGGCAGCCGCCUGUCUGGGGAACUUUUAUUUUAGCAGGCUGCGCAGGGGACCUGUAUUUUUUACUACUGAGUAAAAAUGCUGGCCACUGUGUGAAGGCCAAGUGAGCAGAUGUGGGCGUUUGGGGCACCUGAGACCGAGAUUGUCCUGGGAGCGGCCUGCGCAGCUCCCAAGCCACAGGCAGCCAGGGCCAGGGAGAUGCGGUCACAGGACAGGAAGGCGCUGGCGUGGCCAGGAGGAGCCCCUUCUUGGCAUCUGGCUCUUCCUUUCCUCCUGGGUGCCACAUAGGUGCCCCCCCCAGGGCCUCUCCUACAGGCUCUCUGGGUGUUGAAGGCUGCCCCCGCCUGCCUGACCACUGUCCAAGGCCCCUCUGGGCGUCACUGCCCCUUGGCCCCACCCCACCAGGUGUUCCUUGGCUGCAGAACACUGUGGGAGGAGGCAGGGAAGGCUUUCCGGUGGAGGCGGGACUGCCCUCUGGCCUGGGAGGGCGGGAGAAGCCGCUGGCUGCUGACAGCAGAUGGGGCUGUGGGCAGGGCGUGUCCCUGAGGACUGCUCGCCAGGGCUCUCUGCCUGGCCGUUCAAAAAAUAGUUGUAAAGCUUCUUGAUCACUUUGUCCCAUGUCCCUACUGUUGGUUUUGGCCUGGACAGAGGCUGCUGCCUGUGUGGGCACCGGGUCCUCAGGCCCAGCCCCUCUGUUCUGCCACGUCACACAAUGGGAGGCCCCUCUCUGUCCCCACUCAUCUUUGCCACCCCCUGGGCAUGUGUGACAGGGGCCAUGCAUGUGGAGGUCACACUGAAUGGUGGACGGGCUUCUUUGGGGUCAGUGCUGGGGGUGGGACCCAGGAGCUGGGAUCCUGGGUCAGGUGCUGGCCUUCCUGUCUGGCCCUGGCCCGCCCCUCUUCUGCCUGGAGCUCUCAGCUGGCCAGGCUGGUGGGCAGAGGUCUUGUGAGUGGUGGAGGCCAAGGAACGCGGAGGUUGUGGAGCUGACAGUCCCUGCGUGCCUGCCCACAGCUUCUAGGUGCUUUGUGGAGGAGGCCACUGUGCCCUGUGCCAGCCACACUGUCCCUCGCCUGCUGCUGAACUCCUGCCGCCUUUCAAGGCCUUCUCUGGCCACCUCCUCAGUCUCCUACGAUCCUGCAGGCUCCCUCGCCAUUUCUGAGCCCCCGGAAAUGUCUGUCUCUCUUGAGAUGUGGUGUGGUGGAUAAAAAGUAGGGCUCUGGGGUCUCCUCGCUGGGCCCAAAUCCUGAUGGCACCAGUGGGUGCGUGACCUCUCCGUGCCUCAGUUUCCUCAUCUGCAGAAGGAGAAUGGCAAGCCCCUGUGGCCAGUGCAGCAAGGACUCAGGUGGUGCAUCUGCAGACUCAGCAGGAGGUGAAGCUGCGCAUGACGGGCAUGGCGCUGCGGGUGGUGCGUGGCGACGGCAUCCUGGCGCUCUACAACGGCCUGAGCGCCUCGCUGUGCAGACAGAUGACCUACUCCCUGACUCGGUUUGCCAUCUACGAGACUGUGCGGGACCGGGUGGCCAAGGGCAACCAGGGGCCCCUCCCCUUCCACUGGAAGGUGCUGCUGGGCUCCAUCAGCGGUUUGGCUGGAGGCUUUGUGGGGACUCCCGCGGACUUGGUCAACGUCAGGAUGCAAAAUGACAUGAAGCUGCCCCAGGCUCAGCGGCGCAACUAUGCCCACGCCCUGGAUGGCUUGUACCGCGUGGCUCGUGAAGAGGGUCUGAGGAGGCUGUUCUCGGGUGCGACCAUGGCAUCCAGCCGAGGGGCCUUAGUCACCGUGGGACAGCUGUCCUGCUAUGACCAGGCCAAGCAGCUGGUUCUUAGCACCGGGUACCUGGCUGACAACAUCGUCACUCACUUUGUCGCCAGCUUCAUUGCGGGCGGAUGUGCCACGUUCCUGUGUCAGCCCCUGGACGUGCUGAAGACCCGCCUGAUGAACGCCAAGGGGGAAUAUCAGGGCGUUUUCCACUGUGCUGUGGAGACGGCGAAGCUCGGGCCCCUGGCCUUUUACAAGGGCCUUGUCCCGGCUGGCAUCCGCCUCGUCCCCCACACCGUGCUCACCUUUGUGUUUCUGGAACAGCUUCGCAAAAACUUUGGCAUCAAAGUUCCGUCCUGACCGGCCGUGGGAAUGGCCGGGCCACCUGGCCAGCAGAGCUAGACCCUUCCAGAGUCCCCAAGUGUCAGCACCACGCCCAGCGCCUGCUCCUGGGGCCAGGCCUCCCUGCAGGCCCCUGCUGUGCCCCCCACCCCAAGCUUGCUGGCUCCUCCUGGCCUCGUCCCCUCCCUGCUUGGGCUCCCAGACUCCCCAGGCUUGGCGCUGGGUGGCCUGGCCUCUCUCCCGCUGGCGGCCCCUCAGGGUAACGGAGGCCACCGGAGGCUGGUUUCCUCCUCGCUCCUGGGCGGGGGGAGGGGUGUCAUUCCUGCCUCCUGCCCUGAGGCCCAAAGCAGCAUCUUCCAGCACGUUCCAUCGAGGACUUCGUGGUGGGGUGUGGCGCCCCCUGGUGGUUGCUCCCCGAAGUGCAAGCCAUGCACUGCGUAUCCGCGGAGAGGGGCCAGACCUUCCACCUGCUCCGGCAGCUGCUGGGUCCCACCCACGAACAGACCACGCAGACCACGAGCGAGUGCCUGGAGGGAGGGGCCCAGCGUGAGAGGGUUGAGGGCCACCAAGGUCCACGCCCAUCCGCCCCGCAGUGGCUUUCACAGUCUUGCCAAGGCCUCUCCGCUCCCCAGCGGGCUGUCUCCGUCUUCGGGGACUGUGCCUGUGUCCCUCGGGCCCUGCGCCCUCCCACUCGGCCCCCUGGGGGAAUGGCCCAGCCAGGCUGUGGUCCCGCCUCACGGCCUUCUCCCGGACGUGGAGUCCCGUGGGGUGGCUGCGGCGGCCUCUGCCCUCCUGGUCGCUGGGCUGCACCCGCCUGGGAAGGGGCCUGCUCUGUGGGGGCUGCAAUCAAUAAAUGCGGCGAGCUGCUGCGUCUG